AAGGUUUCCUGCAUUUGUGUGAUUCAGUUGUCUAAAAGGAAAACCGUAAUUCACUGUUCUAUUGAUUGCUAAUUUAUUAGAAAGGUACACCAUGGAAGAAUAUACGGACUUGUACUACGGGUGUACUGCAAAAGAUUUAAUUAUAUGUAAUGACAGGUUCUCUCAGUCUGGUGUAAUGUUGGUAGGCGUGCAAGUAGUGGCAGCUAGUAAAAAUGGCGGACAGCGAGAAGGAGGAAUCUGCCAAUCUUCAAAUGGAAUUCGAGUGGGUAUUGCACGAGGAAGUUCAUGCAGUAUUGUCACAACUUCAUUCAAUUGUUGUCGAAUGUGCACGCCGUUUUCCUGUACCAUUAUGUGGAAAUGAUGGACCAAUAAAACAAGACAAAUUUGUUUUAGUGAAUCCUCCUGAACAACUUAAAUGUGUAGUUACUUUAACAGGAGAUAGCAUUACUCAUGCUGAUAUUAACUUGCGAGUCCAAAGGCAGCAGAAUGUAGUUUACCGGACUGCUGUACAUCAUGAACAUCCUUGGAAAUUGCAACAAAUUCAGGAUGCAGGAAAUCAUUUGCAACAAGCACUAUGUCAUAUAGAUAAUGUAGAUCAGGAAGUUUUACAUGUGCUUGGCUGCAUCUUGGGUUCACUUCAGCGUGGUCGUACGGCUCUUGUGGUGCCUCGCAAGAAGGCAAUUGAUGAUCUCCUUCGCAGUCGCAAUAUGAAAUCGUUGAGUCCACCUCUCCCAGAAGAUUUGGCUGUUAGCUUCUACAUUCAGAGUCAUAAAUUGGUAUUUGCUGCCUACCAUGUGAGCAACUCCCAUGGCAGUGUUAAGUAUGAGGCUCAUCAAGCUGACUGCUCUGUUCCCUGGCUAAAUGAGGUUUUGGUGUUGUUCACUGUUGCAUUGCAAUUAUGCCAACAACUGAAAGACAAGAUCUGUGUGUUUUCGCAGUAUAAAGACUUCACUGUUGGCUCAAGAUCUGGUUCCCCAUUACCAUGGUGAAAAAAUCACGGAUGUUAUUGAUACCCAUUGUGCAGAUGCUAAUAUCUGUGGAUUAAUGGUUAUGCACAUCUUGUGAAAGAUGCAUCUUAGAUGCCCAUGAAUUUAGUAGGCUGAGUUUUACUCAUCUUCCAUGAAUGUUAUGCUCUGUUUCUAAAUGCAAAGCAACAUUUUUUCCCCUGGUUGAACUGAUUGAAUAAUUGUUCCUUGUUGGUAGCUCUGUAAAUUCCUCAAAUGUUGCCUUACCUUUGGAACAGAGUUGUCUAUACUUUUUACGACUAAUGGGAAAUAAGAUUAAUCAUGUUGUUAGUAUUUGUUAGUACCUGUAUACCAUAGUGUAGUUGAUACAUAAGUCCCUGAUUGUUAUCUGGUUUAAUGUAAAAUUGAAAUAAGUUGAUGUUUUCCUGCCUUUUUGUGUGAAUAUGAAUUACCUGGUAAUGCAGUAAAAUAUCCUUGUGUAUAGAUUAUUAUAAAACUGUUUUGUUAGGAGCUGGUCUCUUAAAGAAAUUGUAUUUUAUCUUUUUUUCCUGUAUAUAAGUACUUUUAUUUUAUCAAUGACCCUGGAAGAUGGCAGGGCAGGAAAUUAUAGCAGGAUUCAUGCAAUGCUUGUGGGGUCAGAGGUUUUAAAUAGACUUUGUAUCAUGUGAUAUUCAUUUUUGUGAAGCUGAAAGUAGUUCAUUAUUUGUUGUACAAUGUUAUAUUCAUAUUAUACAUGAAAUAGUAAUUUGUUGCAAAGCUUGUGAGAAUGACAUUCCAUUUGUGUAGGUCAAGAAAUCCCUUUCAGAGGCCUUUGGGUCAUUGCUAGUGUUUUCUUGAAAAUUAGUAAUUUAGCACAUUGUCUGUUUUUACACUAAUUCUAGGAGCCAAGAGAUACAGUCUUUCAGGCAAAAACCUCUCAAGUUAGUUGUGUUCAAAAGUAGGAAUCAGAUAAUCGAUCUGCUCGUUAUAUCGAGUGAAGUGGUGCCUAUGGAAAAGAAUAAGGUAUUUGUCCAAAACAUGUGUAAUUCUGAUGAAAAAAUUAGACAAACGUUUGUGUUUGGAUCAAAGUGAAGUAAUGAGCAUUGAUUGAAAGUUCAAUGUUAGUAAUUCUAGUUUGAAUGAGCUGUGUUAACUGGAACGGAUAUUUUCUCUCGAGAUUGAAAUCCGUCCUGAAUGGGAAAAAUUGCUUUCAGAAUUACAACUUGACAACAGUUUAUACAUGUAUUUGGUUAGAAUGUUACAAAUUAGUUGUUUAGAGUUCCAAUUGGUGCAAAGUAAUUACAAAUAAUGUAUUACUUAUGACUGGUAGUGAAUAAUAAAAGCACAUGAGUGGGUUACAUUGGAAGAUUCUGAAUUGCUCCAAUUCAGAGUUGUUGUUUUAGUGUGCGAAUAGUCUCACAGUAUGCUGAAAAAAGAGGAGAUAGGCAUAUGUAUCAGUUAUUUUGUGCUUAAUGUCUGUAAGUAAGUAAUUAAUGUUCAGUGCACCCUGUAAAGAAGCACUGUUCUCUGCCAUUUACAUCUUAAAGCAUGCUCACAAAAACUUCUCUUACAUUUAGAAUUUGAAGGUUUUAAAUUGUUGUUAUUGAAAGUGAGCGACUUGUUAUGUAGAUGACAAAAGUUAGCUAAGCUCUUUUUAUGAUGCAUAAGUGAUUGCUAUAAUGUUACAUCUUACUGUUGUGAGUAGGACUGUACCUCAGUAAUAAUAGUGUUGUUGUAAUAGUAAUAUUAAGUAGAUGUGUCACAAUUUAAAACAGGGUUUGCAUUGGUAAUCCACCUUAGCAAGGCUUAAACAUUUUUGAGACAAUAACUAGAUUCCCAAACAUAAAACUUAUUGUCAUUAUUCUACAUUCAACUUUUUGGUUCUUUGGCCCUGAAAUUGUCUUUAAUUAGAAAUUUAAUUUAUAAUGUGAAGCAUUUUUGUGUGUAUGAAAUUUUCUUUUCCUUCUUAUUAAUCUAGUAUUCGAUUGAUUUUUACGCACUUGUUGGAGAAAAAUUAGACCUUCAGAAGUUGUAAAGCUUUAUUUAAUGUUCAAAAAUACAAAAUCAAAAGAAUGAUUCUUUAAUAAAUAUCCAUAUAACAGGUUAAAACUAUCAAAUGUCAUUCAUUGUUCGUUAAGGUAUUGAAGAAGAAUGAAGAGCAUCAUACAUUAAAAUUAAUUAUUUUAUUAUUUUCCUAUAAUGUGUUAAAAAAUCUUGUAGGAAGAAUUAAGGUGUUUUUUAGUGUGUGUGUGUGUGCAAUAGAGAGAAAUUUUGUUCUAAAUAAAAGGCCUUAAGAAACCUUUUAUAUUUUCAGGUGGCUUUUUUUUUUUUUUUU